AUGAAAACCAUUGAUUCUUUUUUCAAAAGAAAGAAUGAUGAUGAAGAAACUCAUAAUGAUAAUCAACAGAGUAAACGUUACAAAGCUUCAACAAGUGAGCCGCAACCGCAAGAACAUGAAAAUCAACAAGAGAAUGAUAUUGAUGAAGCUACACAAUCAAAUCCUAAUGAAGUGGAUCUUAAGCAUCUAGAAAGAGAUCCCGCUAAACGAAAACAAAUGUGGGAAUAUCCAGUUAAUUUAAGGGAACAAGUAAGACGAGCUUAUAUGACUUUAGGACCUUUCCAAAUACGUCUUCAAGAAUAUCAUGCUAAAGGUUCAAAGAAACAUCCUCGUAGAUUCCAAUAUUCUUGGUUCAACAUUUUCCCUAAUUGGUUAGAGUAUUCUCCAACAACACAUGCUUCUUAUUGUUUUAUUUGUUAUAUAUUUAAUGAUAAACCAAGUGUGUGCCAUGGUUAUGAUGCAUUUACUGUUAAAGGAUUUGACAAUUGGAAAAAAGUUAAUGAUGGGAAAAAUUGUGCAUUCUUGAAGCACAUUGUUCGUUGGUUGACAUUCCAAGCUUGUGCAUUACGAGGACAUGAUGAAUCGCCUAAUUCCAAAAAUCGAGGUAAUUUUCUUCAACUACUAAAACUUCUAGCGUCUUAUAAUGAUGAAGUUGCAAAUGUUAUAUUAGAGAAUGCUCCUUAUAAUUCAAAGUAUACUUCUGGAGAUAUUCAAAAAGAAAUUCUUAGUAUUAUUGCAAAUAAAGUUCGAAAGCAUAUUCGUAGUGAAGUCGGGGAUUCGUACUUUUGUGUCAUGGUUGAUGAGUCACGAGAUGAGUCUAAAAAAGAGCAAAUGGCCAUAGUUUUGAGAUUUGUUGAUGCAGAAGGGAUCAUACGGGAAAGGUUCUUAGAUUUGGUUCAUGUUAGGGAUACCUUAUCAUUAACCUUGAAAACAAAUAUGUGGAGACAACUUUUGCACUAUCAGUUUGAUGUUAGCAAAAUCCGUGGCCAAGGUUAUGAUGGUGCUAGUAAUAUGAGAGGGGAAUGGAAUGGAUUACAAGCACUUGUUCUUAAGGAUUGUCCUUAUGCGUAUUAUGUUCACUGCUUCGCUCACAGAUUACAACUAACACUGGUGGCUGCUUCAAGGGAAAUUAUUCCUAUACACCAAUUUUUUACAAACUUAAUUUUUACAAUUAAUGUAGUUUGUGCUUCCAGUAAGCGUCAUGAUGAGUUACAAAAGGCAAAGGCAACUGAGAUUGAACAUUUAUUAGAACUUGGUGAAAUUGAAUCAGGUAAAGGAUUGAAUCAAAUUGGGACAUUAAGAAGAGCUGGUGAUACACGUUGGGGUUCUCAUUUUCGUUCUGUUUGCAGUUUGCUUAACAUGUUUGAUUGUACACGUGUUGUUCUCCAGGGAAUAAUUGAUGAUGUAUCUGCUACUUAUUCUCAACGCGGAGAUGCUGAUGCAGCUUACUGUUACCUGAAAUCAUUUGAGUUUGUGUUUAUUCUUCACUUGAUGAAAGAAGUAAUGGGAAAAACUGAUAUACUUUCUCAAGCUCUACAAAAGAAAUCCCAAGAUAUUCUUAAUGCCAUGGAGUUAGUUUCAGCAACAAAGGAGAGUCUAAAUGAUUUCAGGAACAACGGAUGGGAUUCUUUACUUGAACAGGUAAAGAUUUUUUGUGAGAAACAUCAAGUAGAUGUGCCGGAUAUGCAAGCUCCAUAUACUUCUACUAGAUAUCGGCCUCGAAAAAACGAUAAUCAGUUUACUUUUGCACAUUUUUAUCGAGUAGAUUUGUUUACAUCCACAUUGGACAAACAGUUACAUGAGUUGAAUAGUAGAUUCAAUGAUCAGGCGAUGGAGUUGUUAAGUCUUAGUUCUACUUUAGUUUCAAAAGAACACCCUAAAGUGAUUAACAUUGAUCAGAUUUGUCUUCUUGUUGAGAAGUAUUAUCCUGAAGAUUUUACAGAGCAAGAGAGAAUUCAAUUACGAUAUCAGUUGGAUAUUUUUAAUAUCGAUAUGACAAAGAAUCCCAGGCUAAGUCGUGUAUCAACUAUUGCUGACCUAUGCAAGGGUCUUGUGGAAACUCAGAAACGUGAGACGUAUUAUUUGCUUGAUAGAGUGGUCCGGUUAAUCUUGACACUUCCAGUUUCUACCGCAACAACAGAGAGGGGAUUUUCAGCAAUGAAAAUAUUCAAGAACCGCAUUCGCAAUAAGAUGUCAGAUGACUUUCUCGCAAACAACUUGGUGGUUUAUAUAGAAAGAGAAAUUGCUGAAAACAUUGAUACGAAGUCAGUAAUUGAUGAAUUUAAAGACCUUAAAGGUCGUCGGGCUGAGUUGUAA